CAUCAUCAACAUCUUAUGAUAUGAGUACAACAUCUGUUUUUCUCCAAAUCCAGGAGAGAAAUAUUUAUUGAACACUUUUACCUCUUCUGCAUUAUUUUUGAUAAUUCUGCCAUUUCCGUCGAGUAAUUUACCACUACCAUUGUUAGGAUUAAUUUUGUACUUAAUAUACUGUUAGAAACUUCCUUCUUAUUGUCAUUGAUUGGUCAUUGAUUUCUUAUAGCCAGUCUUCUACAAUUCUGACCUUCUCACUUAUAUUCUUUACUAUUGACUUCCCCUUUCUUCCAUAUAUUUUAUUUGGAGUGUGUUGGGAUUCCUACCAGGAAGCCACCAGCAGGGUCCAGAGACAGCCCCAUCUCCUAUAUCAAGCUCUGGCUAGUAGGUAUGUGAAGACCCUGCCUCCGUCUGUCUGCUGGGAGACACAAAUGUUCUCUCUUUCUACCCUCUGAUGCCUCCUGGCUGCUCUAAGCAAGGUGGGGUGGGACUUUGCUAACAUGUGCCUCGCAGAGCUUCCGUUUACCUGGUGCUGCUGUUCCGUGAAUAGUGGGGUUGUGAGUGGGGCAGCAGGUACUGAGUGUUGGACUCUUGCUUUUUCAGGGGCCAGUGACCUUUGAGGAGGUGGCUGUGUAUUUCACCAGGGAAGAGUGGGCUCUGCUGGACCCCACUCAGAGAUCCCUCUACAGGGAUCUCAUGCAGGAGAACUAUGAGACGGUGGUCUUUCUGGGGUUUCCAGUUUCCAAACCUGAUGUGAUCUCACAGCUGGAACGAGGGGAAGAGCUGUGGGUCCUGCACUUUCACGGCUCUGAGAAAGAAGUGCUCCCGAGAGCUGCCUGCACAGGGAGUGACCUAUGUCUGGAUUCUCUCUGUCUCCCAUCAGGUGUUAGGAUGGUGAGUGAGAACAAGGAGAAACCCCAGCAGGAAGAUGCUGAGCAAGUAGAAUCCCAUGGGAUGUUAUCAGGAAGAUCCAAAGGGAAUGAUUCCAGGAGUUGUGCACUCCCAGAAAAAGCAAAAACCUGUGAGAGUCAGCACAGGCCAGAGGGAAACUUCGGUAGCCACUCAGACCUUAUUACACAUGAGAGAAUCAACUUGAAAAAGACACGCUACACAUGCCAUGAGUGUGGGAAAAGCUUCAAUGGGAGCUCUGACUUUCUCACACAUCAGAGAAUCCACACAGGAGAGAAGCCCUACACAUGCUCUGAGUGCGGGAAAAGCUUCAGUCGGAGCUCAUACCUUAUCACACAUCGUAGAAUCCACACAGGAGAGACACCCUACACGUGCUCUGAGUGUGGGAAAAGCUUCACUCAGAGCUCUGCCCUUAUCACACAUAAGAGAAUCCACACGGGUGAGAAACCAUCUGGAUGCUCUGUGUGUGGGAAAUGCUUCAUUGGUAGGUCAGUCCUCAUCUCACAUCAGCGAAUCCACAUGGGAGAGACUCCCUACACAUGCUCUGUGUGUGGGAAAAGCUUCAAACACAGCUCACACCUUAUCAGACAUGAGAGAAUCCACACUGAUGAGAAACAUUAUGAAUGCUCUGAGUGUGGGAAACGCUUCAAACACAGCUAUGUCCUGAGUAGACAUCAGAGAAUCCACGCAGGACAGAUGCCCUACACAUGCUCUGACUGUGGGAAAAGCUUUAAUCAGAGCUCUGCCCUGAUCACACAUCAGAGAAUCCACACUGAUGAGAAACCUUAUGGAUGCUCUGAGUGUGGGAAACGCUUCCAACACAGCUAUGUCCUGAGCAGACAUCAGAGAAUCCACACAGGAGAGACCCCCUACACAUGCCCUGAGUGUGGAAAACGCUUCAAUCAGAGAUCACACCUUAUUAAACAUCAGAAAAUCCACAUGAGAGAACUGGAACAAAUGCCUUGUUUAGGGCUGGCCAAAGAUUUUUUUUUUUAAAUCACAUUUGCUAAUUCCCACAUAGAGAUCUUUGCACCAUCUUCACUGUGGUCUCUCAGCUCCCCCAGAUGAGUUGCCUGUUUCUGCCUUUUGCACCUUACCCUUCUUUGGGGUCAGUCCUGUGAUCUUUUCUAUCAACUCCUUUCCUUUUGAGUCGUAGGAGUGUGUGUCCCACCAGCCAGGAAUGUUCAUCAGCUCCAGGUGGGAGACAGAGGUUUGAUCCCAACAAGCUGCACUGAGGCAAAAACUACCUGUGCCUUACAUCCACUAGGACUGUACAUGGCGUUGGCUUCUCAAGUUCGUGAUCUUGGUGUAAAAAGACAAUUCUAGUCGUAGUGCAGAUGCAGCCCAGGUGCAGUGGUUGGCAUUAGCUUUCCCCUUGACCUGACCUAAACUCCAUCACUUUUCCUAGUCUAAACAAACCCUGAGCAUCACGGUUAUACUGUCCCCCCCUUUCAAAGCAAUUGAACUCCAGAGAAGUGUAAUAUUACUCCAAGUAAGGUCAAAGAUUUGACAAGAACUCAGGUAGAAAUUGCAGGUCUCAGUGGUCGAUUUUCACCCCAGAGAUGGAAGCUAUGGUGACCUUGGCCCAGGUAAACUAUUUUUAGAGCUCUGCUCCCUAGUUAAGUGGCAUUGGUCACGCUCCUAAAGGUUGCCAUGAUUAAAUUGGGAACAACUGUCUUUUACCAUUUGGAUCCAAAGUUUCAUGAAGCACAGAGAGAAACAGCUGAUUCCUUCAGAGCCAUUCCAUGCCUAUGGUCCCAAUCUGGCUGCCUUGUUGGACAAGAAGCACUUCCAUUCUGGGCAAAUGAUGGUAGCCAAUGAGGGAAUGUAUCAGAUUCCAAGUUCAGACUGCAGGAUACAUGAAUGCUGAGUGCAGAGUCUGUGGUUUGGUCUCUUAGUUUUGCUCUUGAGUCUAAUGCAUUUGUCUCCUCCUGCUACUUUGAAAGAUUAGAAAGUGUGAAAAUAGAGCACAGGUGUUUUUUCUCAUGAUGCAGCCUUCCCACAUAGUGUGAGACCCCUUCCACCCACACUUCUGGGAGAAGAGCCAGGGAGAAAUGAACUCACAGAAAUGGAAGGCUUCUAGAUGAUUGUAGAAUGUGACUUCACAUAAAGCUCACUGGGUGGAAAUGGGAAUUAAGAGAAAACUGCCCUAUAGGUUUAUAUUUUGUGAUCUUUGAAUAAAUUGUUACCAGUGACAAUGAAAUUAAACAUGAAGUUAAUUAGUGUAAAGUAAGAGGCUGAUUAUGUGAUAACUUUCAGUGUUAUAAUAUAGUUCAUGUUUUCUUCUAGUUCUCUCCCUGCCCCCUCCUACUAGAUAGGAAAUGGAGGCUAAUCCUGAAAAGCAAAACCUCACUCCAAAGGAAUUAGAGUGGGGGAAUAUGUGAGAGAAAUAGCAUGUACGAGAAUGGAGACCCAGUAUAGACAGUCAUUAUUUCUAUUUCAUAUGGAAUUUAUUUUGAUAAACUUUAAAAUAAAUUUUCUGUUAAGAGGAAAAUUGCUUGAGACAAGAUGUGUAACAUUUUACUCAGUUAGAAGGUAACAGCCACAGAAUUCCCCAAUUCAGUUGUUUGCUAAACAAAGACACAUCAGGCAGGAGAUGUCAGAAUUUAAAAUGGUGAUGGAUGCAUGAUUUAUUUUUGCAACCAGUUAUUUUUAUGGGUGCUGAGGCCCCUUUUCUUUUUUAGGAGGCCAGUUGUUAGAGCACAGCUGUUUAACCGUCAGGCCUGACCAUGGAAACCUCCCUAUAACUGGCCUUAUGUUUCUUUCAUGUUUGAUACCUUUGUGGUUCGCAGGUCCACACUACAUGUGGUUUACAACAGCAGAUACUUUGAGAAAACUGCUGGGUUAAGCGGGGCUUUUUCAAACUGACAUUGGCCCAAACUCUGCCUCACUUCAACUGCAGUGGGACACAUCUGUAUCGAAGGAUUAGUUCACACCUGAUUUGCCCAGAGACCUCAGGGGAGGUGGGGUAAGCUGGAAUCUACAACAAUAAAGUGAAAGGUAAAGGUGGAAGUCCUUCAGCUUUCAGAUCAACAAGCCUGUUCUGUUCAUUCCCUUUGAAGCAUCUGUCACUGGUCACUCUCAGGCGGCAUACUGGGCUAGAUGAACCAUUGGUUUGACCUAGUAUGACCAGUCUUGUGUUCUUAUGUAAGUCAUCUAAGAGCGACUGACUGCCAGGAUCCCAGGACUGAUCCCCUCUGGGGAAUGAAGCACAACGUUGACAGGCUAUGCAGCCUUCACUAGUCUCCCUGUACCUGAAAAGCCUGCUAGCCCAAAGUGCUGGACCAUCUAUGCCAUUACCUGGUUCCUCAGUUGCAGCUACAGUUCCUACCCCAUGUGAAUCCAAAGACAAAGAGCUGCAGAGAUCCAACCCCUUGUAAUCUUUGACAUUUAUUUUCCUUUUUCUAUUUUUGUCUAUUGUUUUUUUUAUGGACGUGGAGCCUUCCAGCCUUUCUAUUAGAUUGGGGUGUAACAGUGCGGCUCAGUUGGUGUGUGUGUGUGAACACCUCUGAAAUCUACACAAGAAGAUGCUAAGAAGAACUAGUUCCCCAAAUCUUAAUAGCCUUAACACUCUGCCCUAUGAAAUGACUGCAGGCACGCUCCUUUACCUAUGGAAGGAUUCCAAGGAAUUGAGCUGUCAGAUAUACAUUGUUCAGCGAGAGCUCUUUGAACUUCUUUUACUAAUGUCUCAAUAAGGUCUGUAUCUGUGUUUUGGGGUGAGGAGAAGUAUUAGCGAUGCAAUAAUGAAAUCUAAGGAGAAAACGAAUUAGCUUUGAGGUUGUGGGCUAAAUGUAAGCAAUAAUUUGGUUUCGAUAUUGAAAUAUUCAGCUGGCUAAAUCUGGAAUGCACUGCCUGGGGAAAAAUCCAAUUGGGGUUUCGGCAUCACUAAAUAUGCACCUGCCUUCUUGGGUUGCUGGUUUAGGAUUUAUAAGGGUUGAUUUUCUGCUGUAUUAAACUGAUGGUUUGACUAAAUUAAUGACUUGAUUCCAACCCAAUAUUCUUGUUAACUCAUUGAUUUACUGAUUUGACCUGAACUUUCACUGUAUUGUUUAUCCCUUAGUUAGCUGAGUAGUGUUUAUAGUCAUUUAGCCUUAGUGAUGUGUGUUCUUGGUUUUAUUUGUUCAUGUUAAUAAAAUGUGUA